CAGCUGGGUGUCCUUCAGGUUGCUUCCCACCAUCAUCUUCAACACUUGGAAGAGCUCGCCGUUGGAAAUAUAGCCGUCCUUGUCCAUGUCGUAGAUCCUGAAAGCGACUGGGAGAUGUUCGGGAAGACGGUUACCGUAAAUAAAAGCUCCUUGGUGCUGUGGUCUUCACAAAGUAACAUCCCUCGCUUUGUAUACACCUGUUGAGCACAGCUGGUGGCUAUGGAGCCCAACAUCAUUAAAGAGGGAUAUCUGGUGAAAAAGGGCACUUUGCUGAAUUCAUGGAAAGUGGUGUGGGUGGUGUUAGCAGAAGACGGAAUAGAGUUUUUCAAGAAGAAAACCGACAGCAGUUCAAAGGGAAUGAUUCCAUUAAAAGCGGCUGUGUUGACCAACCCAUGCCAGGACUUCAGCAAAAGAGGGUUAGUGUUCAAGGUGACCACAGAAAAAAAGCAGGACCAUUUUUUCCAAGCAACCCAUUUGGAGGAGAGAGAGGCAUGGGUUAAAGACAUUAAGAGAGCCAUCACUUGUUUGCAGGGUGGAAAGAAGUUUGCCAGGAAAUCUACCAGAAGGUCAAUUCGAUUGCCUGAAACAGUUAACCUGAGUGAGCUGUACAUUUUGAUGAAAGACCAAGAUGAAGGCAUUAAAGAAAUGAAACUGGAAAAAGACAAGAAGGCUUUUAACCACUGCUUCACUGGUGACACAGUGGUUGACUGGCUGAUCUCUCAUGGGAAGGUGAGAAACCGGUCCGAGGGUGUGAUGCUGGCAGCAGGGCUGCUGAAUGAGGGCUACCUGCAGCCUGCUGGAGAGCUUUCCAAAGCAGCUGUGGAAAGCAACACAGACAAUGCAUUUGUGGACCAGCCGGAUGCUAUGUAUUACUUUGCAGAAAGUGGCUUCUACUGUGAAGGCUAUUCGAGUGAUGAGGAUGUGCUUCUAAAGGAGGAGUUCAGAGGAGCCAUCGUAAAGCAGGGCUGUCUGAUGAAACAGGGCCACAGGCGAAAAAACUGGAAGGUGAGAAAAUUUAUCCUGAGAGAUGAUCCAGCAUAUAUUCACUACUACGACCCCACCAAGGGUGAAGAGGAUCCUCUUGGCUCAAUUCACUUGCGUGGAUCUGUUGUGACAGCGGUGGAUUACGUACCAGAUGCUAAAAAACACGACAUUGAGGGCAACUUGUUUGAGAUCAUCACUUCCAAUGAGAUACACUACUACCUGCAGGCUGCUACAGGUGAAGAACGCAACGAUUGGAUCAAAGCCAUUCAAGUAGUGUCAAAGUCUGGAAAAUAACUGCAAAAGGCCACUUCAUUCCAGAAGUGUCCUGAAAAGAAAAUUAGGACUCGUGUUAUUAUUAUUAUUUUUAACUCUCAACAUACGUUGCUAUUUCUAUGUCACAUUUCACAUAAGAAUAGUAUGUGGUUCACUUUUCUACCCAACAACUAUGUCAACUUCCUCUUGAAACCCUGAAAUAGAUUAAUCGAGACACAGAAUAUGGAUCUUGGUCUUUUAUGUUAAUGAUAAUCCUGGGGGGGGAAAGUCUUACAAACGGUCAAAAUCUUUGCAGUCCAGACACUUCCUGUUUUUGUGAAAAAAGCAUGCAUCACUUCCCAACAAGUAAAUUUUCCUGCCACUCUGUGGUUAACCACAUACAUGUCGCCUUAAAAUUACCACAAUCAUCGAGCACACAAACCAGGCCCAUUUAUGGCAUGCUAAGGUGGAGUGCACAUUUACAUAAUGAUGAUCUCUUUCUCUUUUUCUUUCUCUCUUUCUCACACACACACUCUCUCUCACACCCUCUUCUCAAAUUCACAAACAACAGUACAACUCUUAAGUGGUCAAGCGCUUCAGUUAACGUUUGUAUCAAAAAUUUUACGGCUGUUAAGAAUCUGAUUUGCAGAUAUUCUCACAAAGAACAGCAUUGAGAGUUCAAACAAACAGCAAAAAAACACCCAGUGCUGUAUAUGAAAUUUCUAAAGGUAGAAACAAGUCAGUACGCCAAAGUGCAGGAAAUAAAUAUCACCAAUAUAAAUGCAAAGCAAUUGCAAACAUCAGAUCUGUGUUCUGGUAGUCGGUGUAGUUUACUUUACAGUAUAAUGCUGUAUACAGAAUUUGUAUGUGGCCAACGUGGUAGUGAAACUGAACUGCUAGCUAAUAGCAGUUAGCAACAACCGUUAGCAUAUAGCUGACUGUGAAAAGCACAGUACUUCCAUAUUUUACCCCAUGUUCCUCAUGAUACUAGCAUUCCCUGCUUUAAAUUAUUUCUGCACGUUUGCCUUCUAUUUCGCAAAAAAGGAAGAACUGCAACUUGCUUAUCAAAUAAAACCCCUCCCACUUAUUUUUACUUAUUUAUUUUUAGCUAAAUGCUGAUCUGUUUAUAACCUUAAACCUCAAAAUUGCAAAUGACAUCCUGGGCCUUGUAUGACUCUCUGAAGCGUUCCAAUGCCUGAGACCAAACUGCUUAUCAACAUAUAUUAAUACAAAAAUAAAAGGAAGUGACCACUCAA